AGAAAAAAGCCGCCCCCGGCCGCAGCACGGUGAAUUCACCUACGGCCGCCCCAACCAACCAACGCAGCCGGCUGGGGUUCGGCCAACCUCCACCGCACUCCCGUCGUCACCGGGGGCCAACACAACACACGGAUUGAUUCCUCAUUCCUCGCCGUCGUCAUCAUGACGGCGGCGGCGACACAUUCGUCGCGGUGCCGGCGCCAGUGCGCAUACGCCCCGAGUGCGACCCACUGCCGCUUCCACUCCCACUCCGUUCCCACUCGCGCCCGCCCUUUCCCCACUCGCGCCAGCCAGCCAUCGCCCGCUUGCUUCCCCGACUUGUCUACUCCCACCACCAUCAGCGCCAUUUCGCUCUCUGACUCGAUCCUCCUCCCUCCUCCUCUAUCCCUCCCUCUCCUUUCGCUUUCGCCUUUCUGCCGGCGUGCGCACUUAUCUGCUUGCGGGGUCCGGACGGCGACGGGGGGUGCGAGUCCGGGCGUCCAUCCAAAGCCAGCUUCCAAGCAGGAACCGGUCGUGUCGCUUGCUAGCGGGGGUAGGUGGGUCGCCGGGCAGCCAGCCGGCGCCAGAAGCUCUGCUUGUUCUUGACCUCGCCGCCUCGACUUGACGGGGCACGGAAUUUGGUGGUGGGUCCAUGCCUCCUCCUUCGCCGCUGCCUCGGCACCGGCAGGAGCGCCGCGGGUGCGGCUGCUGGGCCGUGCUGACGAGGGGCCUGCGGGGCUCCUGCUUCCGCCCGGCGGCGGCGGCCGCCGCCGCCCCGGCCGGGGCCGCGGUCAAAGGCGGCCAUGUCUACGACGCAGUCUCCAUUGGCAAAUUUCCAGUUUGGGGUGAAAUGCUCAACCAUUUUCCCCACUCCAUGGCAGCGGAGACAAGAUACCUAAACUCUAGCAAUCGAGAUCUUGCAGAUCAUUUUCAGAGGAAGCUUGGUGAAGAAAAUGGUGUUGACGCAUCAAUUGAGAAGAAAAUAUCACCCAAGCUACUUGAAUUCACUUUCCAAGAGCUUAAAUCUGCCACUGUUAACUUUAGACCAGACAGUAUUCUCGGAGAAGGUGGAUUUGGGUAUGUCUUCAAGGGGUGGAUUGAGCCGAACAGCACAGCUCCUGCAAAGCCCGGCACUGGUCUGACUGUAGCUGUCAAAAGUCUGAAGGAAAAUGCUCUUCAAGGUCAUAGAGAAUGGGUGGCGGAAGUUGACUUUCUGGGACAGCUGCAUCACAAACAUCUUGUUAAGCUGAUUGGAUACUGUAUUGAGGAUGACCAAAGACUGCUUGUAUAUGAAUUCAUGGCACGGGGAAGUCUAGAAAAUCAUCUUUUCAGAAGGACUCUUCCCCUACCUUGGCCGUGCAGGAUGAAGGUUGUUCUUGGUGCUGCUAAAGGUCUAGCCUUCCUACAUGUUGGUCCGAAACCAGUUAUUUACAGGGAUUUUAAGACAUCAAAUAUUCUUAUCGAUGCGGAUUACAAUUCAAAACUAUCAGAUUUUGGAUUAGCAAAAGCUGGUCCCCAAGGUGAUAAAACCCAUGUCUCUACUCGGGUUCUUGGCACCUAUGGCUACGCUGCGCCUGAGUAUGUAAUGACAGGCCACUUGACAACCAAGAGCGACGUGUAUAGCUUCGGAGUCGUGCUUCUCGAGGUGCUGACUGGCAGGAGAUCAGUGGACAAGAAGCGACCUCCGGGGGAGCAGAACCUCGUUGCAUGGGCGAGGCCGUAUCUGAGCGACCGGCGAAGGCUCUAUCAGCUCGUAGACCCUCGCCUGGGGCUGAACUAUUCCGUCAGAGGGGUUCAGAAGGUUGCACAGAUCUGCCACCACUGCCUCAACCGUGACAGCAAGUCGCGCCCGAUGAUGGAUGAAGUCGUCAAGCAUCUGACUCCGCUGCAGGACCUCAACGACAUGGCCGCCGCAUCGUAUAGGCCCCGGUCGUCACCCCGCGGAAAGGCGCGGCGGUGAUUGCCAGUCUGAGGCGACAGAAACGGCAUUUCUAUGAUUUCUUGGCAUUGUUGGAUGCUGGUCCUGUUUUAACUGUACAGGGAAAAAAAGAUUGGGCUCCAUGUCCAUCGACGAAAAUUGGAGCUCUGACACCCAUGUCUCGCUUAGAUCAAUCACACUGUUUUUGCCUGUUGCCUAAGCGGACCGACGACGUUGUCUGAUUGUGAUAUGUUGUAAUAAUAACGAGUUAAUAUCUGAUUUGUGUAUGAGAAUGGUUUGGCCUGGUGGCGGUGUAUGCCAGUGCCAUCCCAGUGGUCUUGCUGGAGUUCAUAGGGGAAGAGAUGGUUGCUGGCUUGCUGCUGUGGUUUCUGAACCUGCUGCUUUGUGUUUGGUGCU